AUGCUGCCGUUCCCGAGGGCCGCCACCUCCCACGCCCCGGACGGCCACCGUGUGAGUAGCAGCGCCUCCUCGCCGGCGUUCCUCGCGUUCGUCAUCCUCCUGGCCGCGCUCUUCCUCAUCUGCCUCUGCUCCGCCGCCGCGCGCCGCCUCUGCUCCCGCUUCUCCGCCUCCGCCAGUACGCGUCCCUUGACGACGCUGCCUCCACGCCGAUGCCGAGGCUCCGUCCCGGACAUGGACCCGGCGGCGCUGGCGGGGUCCCUCCCGGUGCGCGCCUACGCUGGCGGCGCGACGGGCGACGACGUGUGCGCGGUGUGCCUGGGCGAGCUGCAGGCCCAGGAGCAGGUGAAGGCCAUCCCGGCGUGCGGCCACGUCUUCCACCCGCCCUGCAUCGACCGCUGGCUUUUCCUCGCCGGCACCGCAGGCCGCGCAUCCUGCCCGCUCUGCCGAUGCCCCGCCGCCGCUCUCAAGCCAGCUGCACCUGCAGCCUGA